CCUGCUACUUCUACCGUUCCCUCCUCCUUUGUCUGCCUUAGCCGCUGCGUGCUGUCACUGAAUUGCAAAAUGGCAUAUGUCAAGGCUCAGAAGUCAAGGGCCUACUUCAAGAGAUAUCAAGUCAAGUUUAAGAGAAGAAGAGAGGGAAAGACUGAUUAUCGAGCCAGGAUUCGCUUGAUUAACCAGGACAAGAACAAGUACAACACUCCAAAAUACCGCUUUGUGGUUCGAUUUACAAACAAGGACAUUAUUGCUCAAAUAACAUCUGCUAGCAUUGCUGGUGACAUUGUUCUUGCUGCGGCAUAUGCUCAUGAACUGCCACGCUAUGGCCUUGAAGUGGGCCUUACAAACUAUGCUGCAGCCUACUGCACUGGACUCCUAUUGGCUCGCCGAGUUCUUAAAAUGCUUGAAAUGGACGAGGAGUAUGAGGGCAAUGUAGAGGCUACUGGAGAGGAUUUUUCAGUGGAACCUGCUGACACCCGGAGGCCAUUCCGUGCUCUCCUUGAUGUUGGUCUUAUUAAAACGACAACUGGUAAUCGGGUCUUUGGUGCCCUCAAGGGAGCUUUGGAUGGUGGGUUGGAUAUCCCUCACAGUGAUAAAAGGUUUGCUGGUUUUGACAAGGACAAGAAGGAGCUAGAUCCUGAUGUUCACCGCAAAUACAUCUUUGGUGGACAUGUUGCUUCCUACAUGAAGACUUUGGCGGAAGAUGAACCAGAGAAAUACCAGCUACACUUCAGUGAAUAUAUCAAGCGUGGACUAGAGGCUGACGGACUUGAGGAGCUAUACAAAAAGGUUCAUGCUUCCAUUCGUGCAGAUUCUACAAUCAAGAAGUCUGAGAAGCAGCCACCUAAAGAACACAAGAGGUACAAUCUCAAGAAGCUCACUUACGAAGAGAGGAAGACAAAACUGAUUGCACGCUUGCAGGCUCUUAAUUCGGCUGCUGGUGACGACGAAGAUGAUGAUGAGUGAAAUUGUGUUGUGAAUGCAGCUCAAAUCUGCAUAUCUUGAAUAUCUUAAAUUCAUUUUCUUGGGAAUUUUGUUGCUUUUACUGUUUAAUUUACAGGUUACAAAUUUUGGAUAUUUUGAAUUAGCUUUGGAUUGAUAUGUUUCAAUUUACGUGGUUGGUUCUCAGAAGAUAAUUUCUUACCAUUAAAUCAGUCUCUGUUAGCGUUAUAUAUAUGGGUGGGGGUGUUGGCCGUUGUAUCGAUUAUCUCAUGUCAAUUUUUGAAAGACCUUGUCUAAA